UAUAUCGUGUUGCUUUAGUUCCGCCAUAGAAGUCUACUUUUACGAAUCAACGAAUUUUCAGACAAAAUGACUGGUUCAGUUGAAGAUAGUACACAUUUGAAUGACAAUAUAAACGUGGAAUUUGCGACUCCUGAAAAGCAAGAAGCACGUGCAUUUUUGCGCGAACGAUUUCUUCGUGUAAUUACUGGAAUUGUUGGUAAACAAGCAGAAUUUUAUCUGUAUGAAAAUACACAGGUUUCUGCUCAAUUUAGAGGUUGUGAUGUGGAUUGUUUAGAAGUGUUUGUACGGAACUUGGAAACACCAUUAGGCACAAUUCCAGAAGCUGUUUUAAGAGCAAGUGACAUUAUUUAUCUAAAUAUCCAUGAUAUUAAUAAAGAAUAGUAAAGCUUCAAAAUACAAUAACUUAUAUAAAUAUUUAUUUACAUUUUACAAUUCACGAACGACGCAUAUUUAACAUUGUAUUUAUUUCCGAAAUAAUACGUCUUAAGUGAUCAAUGA